AUGUCGAUAGACAAGGGCAGCAAUGGAGGGCAAGCCUUUGUCCGCCCGCCUGCGCAUCCAGUACCGCAAUUACAAAUGCCUUUUGAGGAGUCAAUGCUGGAAUCAAUAUCUGAUCAGGUCCCGGAAGAUGUCCCUACUGACGCCAUGACACGAAGGACAAUGCUCCUCGAGGCUCCUACCUAUGAACGGGUGAUUGCGGGCAGGUGGAAGCAGAAACCGGGAGAAAAAUAUCAUCCACUCUGGAAACUCGUGGCGCAACUAACCUUUGGGAUGCAUCUAUUAUCACAGAACAUGGCCAUUUCGGAAGAGGAGGUCAUGAGAAUCUUGCAGUCUCACGUCGAUGAUAUCGAUGCCUUCCUGGAACGGACCACAGAGGAUUUCGACCUUGCACAAAGCGAUAUCCAUGAGAGAAUACGUUGUCUCAAGCUCCCCCUUGCACACGGAGAAGUGUUUGAUCGAAUGUUGGAGGAUCGGGCAUUUCGGGCUUCCAUUCUUGAUGGGAACGAAAAGAUUGAUCAUGUCAUUAGCCGGACCAAGAGGGCGGCAAAAGAUGCUCUGAAGGAUGUCCAGAAGGGAUUCGAUGCUACCAACGUCAUGGAAAAAUACCUGUCAAAGUUGAACUCAACAUGGAAGAGGGAAUCGCCUGAGCACGAAGCCGUUUUAGUCGCUAUGCUUGGGAAUGUCGAAGGCUGGCGCCGAGCCUUCUUGGAAUUGCACCUACAAGGGAACAAGCUGGCUGGGUCUCUGAAGAAGCUCGCAGAGGUGGUUUCUGAGAUGGAGCACAGAGCUGCUGCUGUCAGCAGAAACCUUGUGGCUAGAGCUCAGAAGACCAAACACAUUACCUCUCAGGAUGCUGGCCGUGCCCCGUCUCAAUUAGGGUCCAUCGCUGAGCACAAGCCGCUCCCCAGUGAACCAGGUCGCCAACAUUCGACCAGAAAUUCAUCUCGAAGUACCCAGCUUACCAGUUUCUCCAGUCGACCGAACAGCGGCCGAAAGUCAAGUCAAGGAUUGAAUUCACAACCUCAGUCUUAUGGUCAUCAAACGCCGCAAUCUCCAGGAUCUAGAAGACCGGGCAACGAAGGAAUACCUGGGCAGUCAUUUUCUUCCGAAAUGCUGGCGACCGAAGGGCCACAGCUCGCUUCAGACCGAAUUCACAGUCUGGGGGGCCUACUCAUUCAACACGGUGAGGAGCAUCUCGUUGAACUUCCGGCCGAUGUUCCUGAAGAUCUACUUCGGCAAGCGCCGGUCUCGAUCAAGAAUCGAUUGAGCAUGACACUCGGGCUGAAACCAAAAGACAAUACGAGUCACCGCAUAUCUAGUGUCUACUAUCCGAGAGCGUUGGGUGAUCUUCUGAAGUCCCCUGCUAUAUCCUCUCUGUUACUUACCCCUCAGACCGCAAAUUCGAAAGGCACACCGGUACAGACAGUGAUGUCGCCUGUAAUGCCAGAAGGUAACGCCGACUUCUUUCUCUCUCGCGAACAUAGUCCCUCGUUAGGGGUAGUCAACCCGGAUCACAAAAAUGGCGUCGACUCUGCCAAACCGUCUCCAACAGGCGCUCAGGCGUCAGCUCGGGCCUCGAUAGUGGAUCCAUCAAGGCCAGUAACGCGUCGCUCGUCAAUCCCUAACCCAGCAUUCACCUCUCAUCCUGCUGUGAUGUCCAUGGCAGCUCCUCCGGUAGAGCUGCCGGCCCCGAUUGAGACGGUAGCGAGAGAAGAGCUGUUGAACUCUCCGUCCUCGCGGAAAGGCUCUCAAUUUUCUAGCCUGGGGGAACCUGGACCAGAGUUGAACGAAGGUGAAAUGACAAGGUCAACUUCCGGUUCAGUGCUGGACACGACAACGGCCAUUGAGCAACCGACGAUCACCGUUGCUGUCGUGCCAGUCUCUGGCGAAGAGGAAGGGCAGGGAAAGACCGAAAUGGAGAUACAGAUUCAUCUUCAAACCCAAGUGGAUGCGAGAAACAGCACACAAAAUGCUGCAUAUGGGUCGGUGGUAACACCUUUGCAGCCUCAGAUCGCAGCUGCAGCGCCUCAGCCGUCUAAAGAAACCGAAAACGCCGGUGACGGCGAAAGAUCAGCAAUUCCCAUCGCUGCGCUCACAAUUUUUGAAGACCAGGCCACAUCUCAAACAACAUCAGAUAACGUCUCAAAUAACGUGCUUGGUCAACAAGUCGACACACUGAGCCCAAAAAGAGAAUUUAUUGCCGAGUUAGAGGCCCAUGUCCCUAACCCUCCUCAGCCCAAACCGAAGGAAGAGUUCGGACCUGUAGAGCUGGAAGCUCCACAUCAAACAUUCAAGCUACCUCCAAGGCCAGUUGCUGUGGCCGAAAUCCCAGGAGAAGAAAUUCCUCGCGCCACCAAAAGCCUGCCUGCCGACUUAUUCAAGCUGCCUCCAAGACCCGUUACCCUGGCCGAAAUUCCAGAGAAAGAAAUUCCUCGUGCCAGCAAAAGCCCUCCUAGCGACUCGUUCAAGCUGCCCUCCGAACUCACAAUCAAACCUGGUAUGAAGCCGAAGGACUUUGGGGGUUCAAACAAGCCAGAACCGAUUCGACCCUUGAAGUUGAAGCUCGCUAAGAAAGACGGCAAGAUUGUUCCCGUACAAGUCUCGAGCCCUGGCGGGAGUUCGAAGAGGGUGGACAGUCCGGGCCCCAAGCUCAAAAUAGAUGUUGUUGCAGAUAUCAUCGACAAACUCUCCUAUACACCACCAGGUUCACCUAUCCAUGCCCGAUCAGCUUCGAGUGUCUCUUCAAAUUCGGCACAACGCUGGUCGCACCAAUCAUCCCGUUCGCUAGGACCCCCGGUGCAAGCUCCUGCGCCCCCAGCUCCAGGAGGCCGACCGAUGGUGGAACCUGAUUUUGCCUCUGCGGGACAGUUUGAGGGAGAACGUAAGCAAAAGAAGAAGAAGAAAAACAGCAAUGCUGGGGAGGGAAGCAAGAGCGGAUGGAAAAGUCUGUUCCGGGGGAGCAUUGCGGAUAGCAGCAGCGUCACUACUGCAAAGAGCUCGGAAAGGGCUUCUAUACACACAACGACGACGACGACAACGGGGACGGCAGCAACAACAACAACUACAACGAAUGGGACUGGAUCAGCACCAAAGGCAGGCUUAGAGGCAGUUCCACCCCCCCAAGCGGAUAUGAUGACUACGUCUGGCAAAGACGUACUCUGGUUCCGGGGGGAUACGAAGAAAUGA